AUGUCUACAAAUAUUACCUGGAAUGCAGGACACAUAACAAGAUCGGAGCGUGAAGAUUUACUAAAACAAAAGGGGCUAACAAUCUGGUUUACUGGACUUUCUGCUUCGGGUAAAUCAACUUUAGCGAGUGCUUUAGAACAACAUUUGCUGCAUUUAGGUGUAUCUAGUUAUAGACUUGAUGGUGAUAAUAUUAGGUUUGGUUUGAAUAAAGAUUUGGGUUUUGGUCCAAAAGACCGUACCGAAAAUAUUCGUAGAAUUGCGGAA